GCUCUGUGGCCGGAAGUCGCCGACUGACACGUCACUCAAACGCGAGUACCUCUGUUGUGGUCGGACAGUCAUUUGGCUGAAAUCAGGCGUUGUUUUGCGAAUAAGAUUCAGAUCUCUCUGAGUUUUCAUAAGAAACAUGUCUACCUCGGUUUUUUCUGUAAUAUCUCGGUUUUUGGAGGAGUACGUUAGCAGCACGCCAAACAAAUUGAAAGUGGUAGACGCUUAUCUUUUGUACAUCUUGCUGACCGGAGCCCUGCAGUUUCUCUACUGCCUGCUAGUUGGGACAUUCCCUUUCAACAGCUUUCUGUCAGGCUUUAUAUCCUGUGUCGGGGCCUUCAUUCUUGGAGUCUGUCUUCGCAUCCAGAUCAACCCGCAGAACAAAGGAGACUUCCUAUCUAUAUCUCCAGAGCGAGCCUUUGCAGACUUCUUAUUUGCUCACACAGUUCUCCAUCUUGUAGUCAUCAACUUUAUCGGCUGAGAGAUGCCCUAUCCCAUUGCAGUAUGGUACAGGACCAGCAUUGUGGUUGACGAUUCUGCUAAUCUCCUUUAUGUGAGAUUGUGCUGUAUCAUCUGAGGCAGAGAGAGUGUUGAAACCUCAGCACUGUAAAUUCGGUUGUAAAUCUCCCAUGAUGUACAUCAGACCCAUUUCUGUGAUUUGGUGAAAUGUUUGAAAGGUCCCCUCUGUACUUCUGACUGCCGCUUUUUACAUCAGAUACAUUUUGAAAUAAAUGGGGAAUAAAGCUCA